AUGGCUACAAAUGGAGAUUUCUCCGACGAGAGUCAGCCUGGUUCUCCCAUCCUCGACGCCAACAAUGCCCAAGACUUUGACGACCAGGAGCCUCUUGAUAAGCCCGUCAAGUCUGCCCUGAAGAAGCCAUCUGCAACUACAAAGCAACGCCCUGUCCUUCCCGAACAGCCUGAACCUGAGACCUUGGACCUGUCAAAAUUGACUCCUUUGUCCCCCGAGAUUAUUGCUCGCCAAGCUACUGUGAACAUCGGCACAAUCGGACACGUCGCUCACGGAAAGUCCACAGUUGUCAAGGCUCUGUCUACUGUGCAAACCGUCAGAUUCAAGAACGAAUUGGAGCGCAACAUUACCAUUAAGCUCGGUUACGCCAAUGCCAAGAUUUACAAGUGUGACAACUCUGCGUGCCCUCGCCCGACAUGCUACAAGAGUUAUGGUAGUGACAAGGAGGUUGACCCUCCCUGUGAGCGCGAGGGCUGCACUGGCCGGUAUAAGUUGGAGCGUCAUGUGUCCUUCGUCGAUUGCCCAGGUCACGACAUUCUGAUGUCUACCAUGUUGUCUGGUGCCGCCGUCAUGGAUGCUGCUCUCCUCCUUAUUGCCGGAAACGAAACUUGCCCUCAGCCCCAAACUUCAGAGCAUUUGGCCGCUAUCGAAAUCAUGAAGCUCAACCACAUCGUCAUUCUGCAGAACAAGGUCGACUUGAUGCGCGAGGAAGGUGCCCUGCAGCACUACCAGUCCAUCCUCAAAUUCAUCCGUGGUACCGUUGCUGAUGGCUCUCCCAUUAUCCCUAUCUCCGCCCAACUCAAGUACAACAUCGAUGCCGUAUGCGAGGGCCUCAUUUCCCGCAUUCCCAUCCCCGUUCGCGACUUCACCGCCUCCCCUCACAUGAUGAUCAUUCGUUCCUUCGAUGUGAACAAGCCCGGUGCUGAGAUUGAUGAGCUUAAGGGUGGUGUCGCUGGUGGAUCCAUCCUUAACGGCGUUAUCAAGCUUAACGAUGAGAUUGAAAUUCGUCCCGGUUUGGUCACUAAGGACCAGGAGGGCAAAAUCCAAUGCCGUCCCAUCUUCUCUCGCAUUGAGUCUCUAUUUGCUGAGGCAAACCCUCUCAAGCUUGCUGUUCCUGGUGGUCUGAUUGGUGUGGGAACAAGGAUCGAUCCUACUCUGUGCAGAGCUGAUCGUCUGGUCGGUUUCGUCUUGGGCCACCGUGGUCAACUCCCUGCCAUUUACACCGAAAUCGAGGUCAAUUACUUUUUGCUCCGUCGCUUGUUGGGUGUGAAGACUGCCGACGGCAAACAGGCCAAGGUUGCCAAGCUGGCCAAGAACGAGGUGCUGAUGGUCAACAUCGGUUCGACCGCCACCGGUGCUAAGGUCCUGGGUGUCAAGGCUGAUGCAGCCAAGCUUAGCUUGACCAGUCCCGCUUGCACUGAAAUUGGAGAAAAGAUUGCCAUCAGCCGAAGAAUCGACAAGCACUGGCGUCUGAUUGGUUGGGCCAACAUUGUUGCUGGUAACACCCUGGAGCCUGUUCAACAGUAA